AUGGCGGACAGCGCCAAGCUGAUGGAGCAGUUUGAGGGCACUGCCCGUGGGCACCAGGUGCCGUCGUCUGGCUGGCGGAUCUGCCUGGCCCAUGAGUUCGCGGAGAAGAGGAAACCCUACCAGGCCUCGGACAUCUCCGCCUCGGACGUGGUGAAACACCUGGGCCUGGGCAUGCGGUAUUUGCGGUGGUGGUACAGGAAGACACACGUGGAGAAGAAGUGUCCCGUCAUCGACCUGUUCAACCCGCUCCCCCUGCGCCAGAUCUACGGGUGCCCGCUGGGUGGGUUUGGGGGAGGUACCAUCACACGAGGCUGGCGGGGAGAGUUCUGUCGAUGGCAGUUGAAUCCCGGAGUGUACCACCAUAAGACAGUUGUAGCAGACCAGUUCACCGUCUGCUUGCGCCGGAAGGGACAGACCGUUUACCAGCAGGUCCUGUCCGUGGAGAGACCCAGCGUGCUGCAGGGCUGGAACUGGGGCUACUGCGGCCACUACGCCUUCUACCAUGCCCUGUACCCUCGGGCCUGGACGGUCUACCAGCUCCCUGGGCAGGACGUGGUGCUCACCUGCCGGCAGGUCAGCCCCAUCAUCCCACACGACUACCAGGACACCAGCCUACCCGUGGGAGUGUUCGUCUGGGAGUUGGAGAACGGCAGCGACGAGGCCGUGGAUGUCUCCAUCAUGCUCACCCUGCGGAACGGCACGGGCACCAAGGAGGACAAGAGCGGGGGCCACUGGAACGAGCCCUUCAGCCUGGAGAAGGAGGGCGCGCGGGUCUCGGGAGUCCUGCUGCAUCACUGCAGCCCCGUGAACCCCUACACCCUCGCCAUCUCCGCCAGGGAGCAGGCCGGCACAGGAGUGACCCACCUCACAGCGUUCAACCCCGCUGGCACAGGGCAGGCGGUGUGGCAAGACCUCCUUCAGGACGGCAGGCUGGGCUCCCCGGCAGGGAAGGGCAGCCUCACCGAGAAGGGGGAGGUGACUGCAGCAGCUGUCUGCGCCACCUGCACAGUGCCGCCCCGGGGGCACAGGACGCUGGAGCUGGGCAUGGCCUGGGACAUGCCGCGCAUUCACUUUGGCUCAAAGGAAAAGCUGCAUCUCAGGCGGUACACGCGCUAUUUCGGCAGCGCAGGGGACGCAUGCCCGGCCCUCUCCCACUAUGCGCUCACGCACUAUGAGCAGUGGGAGGAGAAGAUUGAGAGCUGGCAGAGACCCAUCUUGGAGAGCAGCCACCUGCCCCCCUGGUACAAGUCGGCUCUCUUCAACGAGCUCUACUUCGUGGCGGACGGCGGGACCCUGUGGCUGGAGCUGCCCCCGGAGGCCUGCGCGGAGGACGUGCAGGGCCCAGCGGGGGCCGGGCUGUCCCAGAUCUUCCCUGUCCUGCGGGAGUACGGAAGGUUUGCUUACUUGGAAGGCCAGGAGUACCGGAUGUACAACACCUACGACGUUCACUUCUACGCCUCCUUCGCGCUCGCCAUGCUGUGGCCCAAGCUGGAGAUCAGCCUACAGUACGACAUCGCUGCUGCUGUGCUGAACGAGGACACGCAGCCCAGGCUGUACCUGAUGAACGGGCAGACGGCCCAGGUGAAGCUGAAGAACGUGGUGCCCCAUGACAUCGGGGAGCCCGAGGACGAGCCGUGGCAGCGGGUCAAUGCCUACCUGAUCCACGACACGGCCGGCUGGAAGGACCUGAACCUGAAGUUCGUGCUGCAGGUGUACCGCGACUACUACCUGACCCAGGACACUGCCUACCUGCAGGACAUGUGGCCCGUCUGCCAGGCUGUGAUGGACUCGGAGCUGAAAUUCGACACAGACGACGAUGGGCUUAUUGAAAACUCGGGCUUUGCUGAUCAGACGUAUGACGCCUGGGUGGCGACUGGAGCCAGCGCGUACUGCGGCAGCCUGUGGCUGGCAGCCGUCUGUGUGAUGUGCAAGGUGGCGGGGAUUGUGGGUGACAGCGAGGUCCUACAGAAAUACAGCGCCAUCCGAAGGAAGGGCACGGAGGCGUUUGAGCGGCUGCUGUGGAACGGGAAAUACUACAACUACGACAGCAGCGGGGGCCCCUUCUCCAGCACCGUCAUGUCCGACCAGUGCGCCGGGCAGUGGUUCCUCCGGGCCAGCGGCCUGGACCAGGGCGAGUUCCAGGUUUUCCCCAGGAGCCAUGUUCUCAGCGCGCUGAAGACGAUCUUUGAGCUGAACGUCAUGGGCUUUGCCAAUGGGACGAUGGGAGCCGUGAACGGCAUGAGGCCCGAUGGGAGCCUGGACACUUCCAGCGUGCAGUCCAGCGAGGCCUGGGUUGGGGUCGUGUACGCUCUGGCAGCCACCAUGAUCCAGGAGGGCCUGGUGCAGGAGGGCUUCCACACAGCGGAGGGCUGCUACCGGACCGUGUGGGAGCGGCUGGGCAUGGCCUUCCAGACACCAGAGGCCUAUUGCCAAAGGAAGCUCUUCCGCUCUCUGGCCUACAUGCGCCCCCUCAGCAUCUGGAGCAUGCAGCUGGCCCUGGAGAGCAGCGCCUGCCAGGCGCCUGCCGCAGCAGCGCCGCGCCCGGUGCAGGAGAACUCCCUCCAGCCGUGA